AUGGACAAGCUGGGAAACCAUGACUUGAAUGUGGUGACCUAUGAUGAUGUGCAUGUUGGUUUCACUUGGGAAGAGUGGACUUUGCUGGAUCCUUCCCAGAAGAAUCUCUACAAAGAUGUAAUGCUGGAGACCUACAGGAACCUCACUAUUAUAGGGUACAGUUGGAAGGACCAUAAUAUUGAAGAACUUCGUCAAAGCUCUAGAAGACAUGAAAGGUAUGAAAAAAGCCAAACUGAAGAGAAACUUUCUGUAUAUACUCAAUAUGGUAAAGACUCUGCAUAUGAUAGUCAGCAUCAAAGGCAUAAAAGAUCACAUACUGGAGAGAAACCCUAUGAAGGUAAUCAGUGUGGUAAAGCCUAUUCUCAUCACUGUAUACUUCAAAUCUAUAAAAGAGCACAUACUGGAGAAACACCCUAUGAAUUUGAAGACCCCGACGCUACAGGCACUGAUGGCUCAGCUCCACCACCGCCACCUCCGCCGCCGCCACAGCAGCUCAGUAAGCAAGACUUGGUAGCUGUGAUCAUUAACAGAGUUCUAGGAAAAGUCGGAAACCAGAGCCGCCUACAGCAAAAUGUCAAAUUGCCAAAAGUCGUAUUUAGUUGUCUGCCAGCUUUCCCUGUCAGAUUCUACGACUUCCGUGCCCACGUGCAGACCUGUGCCCUCAUGGGCUGCGAUGGACAACACUGUGCCUGA